AACGUGCCCAGAGCUGCUGAGACUGGUGCCUGAUUAGACCAAUCCUGGCUGGACAGAAGACAUAGAGGGAACUGCACCAGGUUCUGAAGUUAAAGUUCUCCAGCAGAGUGACAUCAUGGCGUCACGCGCAUCUCAAAAUCUCAGGAUUGUGCUGUUUGGGAAAAGUGAUGAUCCAAAGACAACACUCGGCAACUUUAUCCUCGGUAACCAAGACUUUGAUUCCCAGAAAUGUAACCCAGUCAAAGACUGUGUGGCCAUCUGUAGAGAGUGGAGAGGAAAUUCUCUAACAGUGGUGAAAACGCCAGACAUCUUUAGUCUGUCUGUAGAAGCAUUCAGAGAAGAGCUGAAGAACUGUGUGACUCUUUGUCAUCCUGGACCAAAUGUUCUGCUGCUGUUAUUGGAACCUUCAGAUUUCACUGAGAGGAACAGAAAAACACUGAAGUUCAUCCUGAGUCUGUUUGAUCAAGAUGCCUUUAAAUACUCCAUGGUCAUCAGCACACAUGAGGGGGAAGAAACAAAUUUCUCUAUCUGGAAGCUCUGUAAAGAUUGUGGAGGACAACACUACAACAUGGUUAAAAAUGACCGCAGACAGUUAAUGGAGAAGAUUGAGAACAUUGUGCAUGACAACAAAGAAGCCUUCCUCACCUUCACUGAAGAGCCCAUCAGAGCAGCUUUAAACCUGGUCCUGUGUGGGAGGAGAGGAGCAGGGAAGACUUCAGCAGCCAAGGCCAUUUUAGGUCACACAGAGCUUCAUUCAGUCUCCAGCUCAUCAGAGUGUGUUAAACAUCAGGGAGAGGUGUGUGGACGUUGGGUUUCCCUGGUGGAGCUGCCUGCCUUGUAUGGAAAACCUCAGGAGGCAGUGAUGGAGGAAUCAUUCAGGUGUAUCUCCCUCUGUGAUCCUGAGGGCGUCCAUGCCUUCAUCCUGGUCCUACCUGUGCGUCUCCUCACUGAUGAAGACAAGAAAGAGUUAGAGACCAUCAGGAACACAUUCAGCUCUCGAGUCAAUGACUUCACCUUGAUCCUGUUCACUGUGGAGUCAGAUCCUACAGCUCCAGAUAUUGAUUAUGUAAGACAGAACAGAGAGAUCCAGGAGCUCUGUCAGAGCUGUGGAAGAUAUGUUGUCAACAUGAAGAACAAGCAGCAUAUCGCUGAGAUGUUGGACAUUGUGGACAAACCAUGCAGCUACACAACAGAGACAUUUGCGCAUGCCCAAAUAGAGAAGAUCAUUCAACAGGAGAAAUGUAUCAACAUGCAACAAGAUGAACUUCAAAUGCUGAAAAAGAGUGAUGAAGAGAAGCAGAGCCCAGAGUGUCUCAGGAUUGUGCUGAUAGGGAAGACUGGCUGUGGAAAGAGUUCUUCAGGAAACACCAUCCUAGGAAGGAAGAAGUUUAAAGCUGAAUUAAGUGGAAAAUCAGUCACCAAACGUUGUCAGAAAGCAGUGGGUGAGGUGGACGGUCGUCCUGUUGCUGUGGUCGACACUCCUGGUCUGUUUGACACAACUUUGUCCCAUGAAGAGGUUAAUGAGGAGAUGGUGAAAUGCAUCAGUCUUCUGGCUCCAGGACCACAUGUCUUCCUGUUGGUGUUACAUAUCGGCAGAUUAACACCAGAGGAGAAGGAGACAUUAAAACUCAUCAGGGAAGGCUUUGGGAAGAAUGCUGAACAGUUCACCAUCAUUCUUUUAACUGGAGGAGAUAAACUGAAACAUGAGGAGAUGACGAUUGAGGAAUACAUUGAAGAAAGAUGUGAUGACUCCUUUAAGAAGCUGAUUGCUGACUGUGGAGGAAGAUACCAUGUGUUCAAUAACUAUGAUAAACACAACCACAAACACGUCAGUGAGCUGAUAACCAAGAUUGACACCAUGGUGAAGACAAAUGGAGGGAGCUGCUACACUAAUGAGAUGCUGCAAGAGGCCGAGGCAGCUAUAAAGAAAGAAGUGCAGAGGAUCCUGAAGGACAAGGAAGAAGAGAUGAAGAAGGAGAGGGAGGAGCUGAGAAGAAAAUAUGAAGAGGAAAUGCAGGAAAUUAAAAGAAGAAUGAAAAAACAGAGAGAAGAGAUUGAACUUGAGAGAAAAAAGAGAGAAAAACAACUUGAGGAAUACAUCAGUAAGGAGCUUGACAGAAGAAAGAAGGAACAAGAAAGAAGAGAAAAAGAAGAGCGGGUGAUGAAAAGACACGAAGAAUUACUGCGAGAAGAUUGGGAAAAACAACUUAAAGCUUUGCAGAUGAAAAUAGAAAAACAAGAAUCUGAGUCAAAGGAAUUGAUUGACAGAAAGCUGAGGCAGAAAAUGGAGGAGAUGAAAGCAAAAGAAGAUGCUGCGGAAAAAGAACGAAAAGAGUGGUGGAAGAAAAGAGAAGAGGAAAAUAAGCAGAGGCAAGAGGAAGACCACAACAUGAUUGAAAAGCUAAAGGAAAAAUUUGAAAACGAAAGAAAAGAAGAGGAUCGAAUCAGAAGAGAGCAGGAGGAAAAAGAGCGAAAUAAAUUGAAGGAAGACUAUGAGAGAUCCCUGAUGGAUAUGAAGGAGACAUCUGAAGAAAUGGCCAGAAAGAAAGCGGAGGAAAUGAAUAAAUUCAGAGAGCAAUGCACGAAGGAGUUGAAAGAGCGUGAGGAACAAAUGAAAGCCAAAGAUGAACAGUAUGACAUCCUAAAGGCACUUUCAGCUCAGAGUGAAGAACAACUGAAGAAAAAACUAAGAGAGAUAAAUGACUUAGUGAAGUGUGUCACCAAGAAAAGACAAAAUAUGAAAAAAGUCAGUGACUUGCUGAAAAAACAGGAACAAGAAAUGAAGAGUGCGAGGAGUCUAAAGGAAGAGGAAGAUCUGCUGAGAGCCCAUGAAAAACAAAUAAGUGACUUGAUACAGGAACUUCUGAAAGACCUGGACAGACCAGCUUGGUGCCGCACCUCGUAACAGAUUUUAAUUUGUAGCCAUGCUCAAGACUUGGCUCUAUGGAUGGCAGUGUCAGUCUGUCCACCACCACGGUCCAGACUGAAAGAUUUUAACAACGAUUGGGUGGCUUGCCAAAAAAUCAUCCAUGACAUUCACGAUCCCCAGAAGAUGAAUCCUACUGACUUUAAUGAUCCUCUGACUUUUCCUUCAGCACCAUCAGCAGGUUGACAUUUUCUGUUUUUUAGUUAAAUAUUUCUACUGGAUGGAUUCAUCAUCAUCAUCAUCAUCAUCAUCAUCAUCAUCGUGUCCCUCCAGGAUGAAUCCUAAUAACUUUAGUGUUCCUCUGACGUUUCAUCUAGCGCCAUCAUCGGGUCAACAUUUGAAUGUGUCCAAUACUUGGUUCAUGACCACGGCCUAGUUUCUCCUUUCGUCCGUGGACUUUGGUUUAACGUGGUUAUAAAGGACUCAACAUAUGAAAAUAACCAAACAAUGAAGGUUUGCUUCCUUGAUUACGUAUCAGUACCUUUGUUUUGUUUUUAUUUCAUGUACUCAACAUCUGCACGAGGGCGCUAAGAGACACAGUGACUAAAUGUUGAAGUCUUGUCUAUUUAAUGAUAAAUCAGGCUUUUAAUGCUAAAUAAUUCACUAACUAGAGUAAAACAUCCAGGAAGCCGCUGAGAAGGCUUCCGGUGGCUCUGGAGUAAGAGGGGUGACGAAUGGCACAGUUAGCUACCUGGACACAAGGAAGAGGGUGUCUGAAGAUAAGACCCGAAACACCCAAUGAUGCCAGGUCCUUCACUGAUGAUGUGUCCAGGCUGCACCGUGAGGUGUAUUAUAUAACCAUAACACAGUCAAAAACGUAUUACAAUCCAAACCUACACAAACUUCAUGUCACCUUGACGACUUAAUCUCCUUUUUACUACUACUAUACACUGUUAAACAUAAACAGAAGCUGUUGUGUGAUCUUGAAUAUCACCAUAACCUGUAUAAUAUGUCAUAUCAACACAGACGUCUUUACCAAAUAUAAGUAUGUGCUUAAGUGGCUCUGACAUGUAGGAACAUGUUUAAGAUGGAAGUGAAAUGAAACGUGCAGAAGUUCCAUUGUUUCACUACAUGUCAAAUCAGAAUGGAUGCUUUAUAUCUGAUGAUAUCAAUUAAAGUCAUAAUUCAGGUCAAUCAUUAAUCAGGUUCUGUGUUUAAUCUUUGAUUUUGUCUGUUUAUCAUUAUAAAAGAUGAAUAAAGUGUUUCCCUGUA